AUGCCUCACAUUGCACAGAAAUCUCAUGCUCUCUUUGCCACCAUUUUUGCCUCAUAUCCUGACCUGUUCGAUGAGGAAGCAUGGCAGCAGCAAUUUGGAUUCCCCGGGUUUGAUGCGGAUCACAUCUCGAAUGUAAAAAAUGAAGAGCUCCCUGCAGUCUGCGAGUUUCUGAAGCACGUCAGAAAUCUCCCCUUGGACGAGGCUAUAACUUGCAUCAAUACGAAGGGUGCCGAUGCAUUUCUCCAAGGCCAUACCACAUACCACCACUGGUGGUCGAAAUCGCGCAUGGUGUCGAAGCUCAGAAUCACGCACAACCAUGAUAUUCUCCAUGCUGGUAUCAACAUCAAGGCAAUGUAUCGGGUAGCUGCGAAGAAAGGGAACGCAAAAUUCGUCACGCUUAUGAUGUUUGGAUCAAAGGAGGCAGAAAUUGCAGAAAGCAUGUUUGGCAGAGCAUUUGAGGAUAACGAGUCGGGUUGUAUGCGAGAGGAGUUCCAGCAACUCAUCCACUCAUUGAUAUUGGACUACAUUGAACGUCAGUGGAAGAAUCACCACCAGGCAGAAACAUGCAGACUUGAGGCGAAGGGGGAACUCGAUGCCAUGUGGAAAUUGUUUGAAUCUGGCAAUGGCCAAAUCAACCUGAAAGAUGCAAAGAAGAUCUUGAAUGCUCUCGAGAAAUAUGAAAAGUACAUUGGUUGGGAGGCAAUGGAGCAGGAUAAGGCUGCAUUGGCAGAAUAUGAGCAGAGGAAGGGUGAGUUUGAACAGGCACUUUCGAAGGCAGAAGCUCAGGAGGAGGAGUUGAAGAAAAACAAAAAGAGUUCGCAGUACAUCCUUGGACGUAUGAUGAAUCGAAGAAUCACUGUUAUGGCCACUGAAGAGGAAAUAGCAGCGCUCCAUGAGGACCUUGCUUCUCAGCUCGAGAGCAUUGAAAGCACACGCAAUAGGGAGGAGGCCGAACAACAUGACAUCGACAUCAAUCCGGGCCUUCCUUCGCACCCUGGUCUUAUUGGGUGGGAGAAAUGGAAGGAAUGUGGGGACCUGGGGGUAGAGUCUUGGUCAAAAACUACUGAUAAGGUGCUUGCCGAAAUGCUUCGAUGGGACAAUAGCCAUCCCGAUGAAUUUAACCCAUUCAUUAACGCUUCCCUCACUGAUUACUGGGAAAACCCUGACUAUGCCACCAAGAUUCCUCCUGGUGGUGAUGAAGACAAUGAGGUGAUGAACAUCUUGUGGCAUCAAAUUGUUGGUAUAACAGCAAUGGUGAACAUGCUAUGGACGACAAAAUUGGAUGAUGAUGGUGUCCCAGGAAUCCUCCUUGCCAAUGAGGUGGGUCUGGGCAAGACUGCCCAAAUGAUGGGAUUGCUGGCAUUUAUAAUGUCAUGCUAUCAGGCACAGAAGCUCGGCAAGGAACUGCCCCCAGUGCUUGCACAAUUGCCAUAUUUCUGUGGUCGUAAACAGAUUCCUGAUGUGCCGCAUCUCAUUUUGGUCCCUGGGACCAUUAUAGAGCAGAUCGUGGGCGAGUUGAAGCGGUGGUUCCAUUCUCAUGUCAUCGACAUUUUUGUAAUGCUGACGAUGGAGCAGAGAUGGGACGAGUUCAACAAGGCCAUUGAUUCAUCGAAGCAGGACAAAUGCAACAUUGUGAUCGUUGCAAGCCAUAGUAGUGUCAGUCAGUUAGCACAUCGCAAUUUGUGGAUCACAAAGUCUAAGACUGAAUUGGUGUCUUCUCUGCGUCCUGCUAAGACAAAUUCAUUGGGUUAUGAGCCGAUAUGGUCAAGGAGUUUCUGCAGUGUCAUCGUCGAUGAAGCACACAACUUCCGGACACCAAAUGCUGCCUACCAUGGCAUGAAUCGAAUUAUGGAAAAUAUCUGCAUGCGCCUAAUUGUGUCGGCAACUCCACUGUACCAGUCACCUCAUGACCUAUGCAACCUCGCAAGACUUAUUCAUUUGAAGGCAUUCAUAGGUAAGGCAGCUGAAUCGCUCGAGAAGGAGAAAGUCAGAGAGCUGUCAAAGAUGCGGAGGGAUGUCACCAAGGGCAACAAUGGCGAUGACGAUGCUCUCACUGUGUUCAACACGAAUGCCUUGAAGGGCAUUGAUGGUAGAAAUCCAUACAAAGGGGUGUACGAUGCUAACAAUGACUGGGUCAUUGACAUUCAGGCUCGCUAUGAAGGACGUAUCAUUCAACGGGCAGUAACAUCAAUCAAGUACACUGACCCCCCAGCUGACAAGCCUAUCAUGCUGUUGAAUGAACUCCCACCAUACAAAAAGAUUGAAGUGAUGGUAAGCAUGGCAGAUGCUGAGAAACGGGAGAUGGACAACCAGAUGUCAAAGUGGAGCAGUGAUUCAAAGGCACAUGGAGCUGUUGAUGUCAUGGAUGCCAGGGCAUUUUUGCUCAAUUACCGGCUUGCUGUAGCAUAUCUGCAAUCUCAACACGAUCCUGACUAUCUGUCAAAAUCUGGCAAGAAAAAGUUUCCACCAUUCGAAAGUCUUGAAGAGUGGGAAAAGUAUCCAGGAGCAAAGCUCAAGGCGACGUUGAGAUUGUGCAAGCACUAUUUGUCUGAUGACAAUGCGUCUCCACCAUAUAUUGAAGAUGGUCACCUCAUUUUCCCUGAUCCUCCUGCAAUGGCAACCGGCGAUAAGAAGAAGAGGACUCAGCAGAUAAAGAUCCUUAUCUUUCAUGAGUUCCCUAUGAUGGAUGAACUCAUCAUGUCGGCCUUCAUUAUGAAUGGCAUUAAAAUCUUGUCACUGAAUGGCUCCAUGAGGCUCACGGCAUGUCAACAGGUGGUUGAGAAAUUCCUUCAUCCUGAUUCAGAUGUUCGUGUGCUUCUCCUCAGCCAGGUAGGUAGCUCUGGGCUUAACCUGAUGAGAGCUUCUGUCGUCAUCCUCUUCGAUAUUGGUUGGACUGCCAUCCAAGAAGAACAGAUGAUUGGUCAUGCCCAUCGUCAUGGGCAAAAGGAAACUGUUUACGUCUUUCGCCUUAUCACGACAGACACUAUUGACGUCUUGAUGGCUCAACACUCUGGUUCAAAAGCCCAGCAGCUUCAGCAUUUCUUCAAGAAGCCUGAUUUUAAUGUCUGUCGAAACAGGAAGGCAUUCCGGCUGCUGUACAAUUGUGAUGUACCAGCAGAUGCUCCUGCUGCAGCUGAUGGAGAAAGCGAUAACGACGAUGACCAGAGCACCCAGGAAAGUGCCGUUGAACAGCCUCCUGCAAAAAAAUGCAAGACGAAUGGCAAGAAAACGGCGAAAACAAAGGAAGUAGAUGUCAUCGAUGAAUCCCGCCAUCAUCGUAAAGUGCCAAAGAAGGUGCCAGAGGAUGGAAACAGGGAGGGAGCUCCUGCCACCAAGGUACAGAUGACGAUGCAGAGAGGAUCCAUAGAUGAGGCUGGACCAUUGAAUACCCAGUCAAAGCCCAAGCCCAAGCCCAAGCCCAAGCCUAUCACAAAGCCAGCACCGAGUGCACCACAGAAUCCCAUCGAGGAGGGUAAUGCACAACCCACUCAAUGUGAAUCUCAGCCCUCGGCCCCCUCUGCUCCAUCAUCCCCUCUUCCUCAUCCUGUUGUCCCUUCCUCCACCCCUGUAGUUAUACCACCACCAGGGCAUGGAAUGACUGCCAUCACUGCCCCCUCCAGCAAUAUUAUCUUGACACCAGAUGCUAAUGAACCAAUUAGCAAUGACGAGAUAGAAAGCUAUGGGGGCACUGCUAGUGGCAGUGCUUCACAACCUCUCGAUGAUCUUCUUGACUUCGAUGACCUAACUCCUCUGUCUUCCAAUGCCCCCUCGUCUCUGUCAACACCAACCCCAUUGCCUGGCAGGAAGAAGUCCAUUUCAACUGCACCAACAGGCCUAAUAUGCAAGAACCAGCAUGGAGGCGUUGAGGUCAUUUUUUCUUUCGGGGAUCAGGACAUACAAGUAGCUUGUUCACCGACAAUGAAGACUAGGAAGAAGCAGGAGGAGCAGAAGAAGCAGGAGCAGAAGAAGAAGAAGAAGAGGAUGAGUACAAUGAUGAGGAUCAACAUUGUGAUGUAUCCUGGACACCUCCUUCUGUUGGUGCCAUUAGACACCGGAUAUCUCGUCAAAGCAGAACAGAGGGAUGAAGAGGAUGAUGCUCAUGGGUCAUCCCAUCGAAGCACCCCGGGGCCAUCCUCUAGUGACGAGGAUGAUGGACCUCUGCACCAUCGACAAGGAGAAAUCAGACAUGGAGAAUGGGAUCCAGAUGAUGAUGUUGAUGGGAAUAGCAUUCGCAUUCAGGGUGUCCACACAUCAAGAGAUGUCACAUUGGGGGAGUUCGUUCAAGAAUGUAGUCAACUAUGGAUGGAUCAGAAUGUUUCAACAAGGAGCAUCGCAUGUCGUGGAAAGUAUCUCCGCUAUGUAUUGUGUGGGGAAUAUGGCGAGGAUCAUUACAUCAAUCUCACCAUGGCUGGAGCUGACCUGCCAGAACCAAAAGUGACAUUGAUGAGGGACUAUGACUCGGUCAUUGCAAUCUGUGAUUGUAUUCCAGAUCUGGGAAUGCUGAUUGAGUUUGCUACUACAUAUCAGCUGACGAUGUCAAUGCAAGGUGGUAUUAAUAUCCAAGCACCCUUCAAAAUUGUCAAUCCACAGAAUGGCGAGCUCACAACAAAUCCUAUGGAUCCAGGAUGUCUUCCAAAUGUCUUCCUUGCCAAAGUCACCCAUCAUGCAUCAUUAUAUAUCCUGCUGCUGAAUUUGGUUCGAAAUCUCAAACAGCAUGAGGGAACCCCUUCAGUUUCUAUCCAGGAGUAUGCUGUGCUCUAUGAAAUAUUCAUCCAAUCAGCAGUACGUUAUCAGGAUAUGACAGCGGCUCAUCUUCCUGCUACCUACAGUUCAAAAUUGUUUCAGGCAGGAAGUGGGCAGAGUCAUCAGAUGAGAAAGCUAACAGAGUUGAUCCCUAGUGAAUAUGUGGAGCGAUUGCUAGGAGAUUUCAGUGAACGACUGGAGCACCAUUCAGAUGGAUGGGGGAUCGGGCACCGUUUUUUGCUUCAGUGGCGAGGGAUCAACGCAUUGACAGUGCAUGACCCAAACAAUGCAACCGAGCGAGAAUACUUCCUGCACCAGGACCAUGUAUUCAAUGCUGACAUGUUCAGUACUCCUGGUGAUGAUGUCUUUGUUGAUGUUGCACUUGAACUGUCUGUGAAGGAGGGAGCAGUUAUGUGGCGCUCUGACAGCCAUGCAGUCAUGCUACAGAGACUACUGCAAAUGCAUCAGACCAAAGCUGACAAGUGGAUGCAUUUCGGUUACUACAAUUACAAACAGGAUACAUAUGCACAUCUCACCUCUGUCGCAGGAUGUCACAUCACAACACAUACCACACUGCUCGGACAAUUCAAUGCAACCUUUGUCCAGAUGUACACAACCGAUAAAUGCCUUACCUAUGACAUGCAGGCAAGCAAUAAUGCCAAGUUCGUUACAGCAGUUAAUCUGAUGAAGAAGUCAAAGUACACGUACAAUGAGUUUCUUGGGAAAUUGUACAGUGUCUUCGCAGAUGCAGCAUGGCAUAAUGAUUGGCAGAAUGAAGAGCACAACAUGGACAUGCGACACUGUUACUAUCCAGUCAUCCUGACAUGUCUCGUCACAUUUAUGGAAGAUCAUCACAUGAUCCUUCCAUGCAUGCGAAAGAGAGACAGGACGGAUGAGCCAGGACCAUAUGCAGAGGGAGGACUCUGGUGGAUUCUGAGCAGUGUGAUUGCAUGGCCAACACGGAAUGGAGGUGAUAGUUGCAUGAAGCAGCGACAGUUGGUGGAAUGGAAGCCAAUGGGCCAGGUCAUAGGGUGCACAAGGAAAGCCAAGGGUCGACCUGAGGAGCCAAUGCCGAAGACAGAAAGGCUAGCUCGACGGAUAGAAAUGCCAGAAAAAUCAUAUGACUAUGGGCCCAAUCUGCCACCAGAGGACCAGAUAUAUGAUGAACAAUAUCUGGAGCAUGCCGGGACAUUUCUAAAUCAAGUACUACAGCAAUAUGUGUCUGACAUGCUGCAGAAGGUUGGAUGGGCGAAAUGUGGAUGGGAACAUUCUCCUCUGACACAGAAUGAACGGUGGAUGGUCGACAUCCAUAUCAUGAAAGAAAAUGAUCUUGGAGGAGUGUUGACACAUGCAUGA